AUGUUUAGGUCAUCAAAUGUAUUAAAUAAAAAGGACUUCUACUAAACCUUGAAUGUUCCCAAAGGGGCUAGUCAAGAUGAGAUAAAGAAGGCAUAUUUUAAGCUAGCUAAGGAAUACCAUCCUGAUGUGAAUAAGGCUGCUGAGGCUAAGGAGAAAUUUGGUAGUAUAAACGAAGCUUACGAGACAUUAGGUGACGAUUAAAAGAGAAAAAUAUAUGAUUAAACAGGCAUGAAUGCUGAUGAGUAGAAUCAAGCAGGAGCAGGAGGGCCAUUUGAAGGAGGCUUCGGAUAAGGAUUUAGUGGCUUUGAAGGAUUCUAUGAUUAGUUUAGGCAAUAAGGGGGUUAAGGUGGCCAACCAUUUGGUGAUGUGUUUGAAGAAUUUGAAAAGUUUUUCACAGGAGGUUAAGGAAGAGCAGGUAAACGUGGGUAGUAAGCAGCUAAGGGAAAAGAUAUAGUGAUGUCAUUGGAGAUUGAAUUCAUGGAUGCCAUCAAUGGAUCUACUAAAAGUUUGAACUUUUCCAGGGUUGAUGUUUGUGGAACUUGCAAAGGAUCUAAAGCCAAGCCAGGAACUACAGCCUCAACCUGUGGGGGAUGUGGAGGUACAGGCUUCUAAUAAAUGAGGCAAGGCCCCUUCAUGAUUCAACAAUAAUGCGGAAAUUGUGAUGGCUAGGGUACAGUUAUUAGAAAUCCUUGCAUGACUUGUCGUGGAAGAGGAACAGUAUCAAACACAGUUAAGGAAUAAAUCAACAUUCCAAAGGGAGUAGAUACAGGUGUGAAUCUGAGGAUUUCCAAAAAGGGCAACUUUAGUCCAAAUGGCCCUCCAGGCGACCUCAUGGUUUCUAUUAAGGUCAGGCCUGAUGCUCAUUUCAAGAGAGAUGGUUCUGAUAUCAAUACUGAUCUCUAUAUUUCAGUUGGACAAGCUAUUCUUGGAACUGAAGCUAGUAUUAAAACUCUCUACGGUAAUAUAAAAAUGAAGGUUGAUCCUGGCACAUAAAAUGAAGAGAAGAAGAAAAUUGCUAACUACGGAGUUUAGAAACUCCCACCAAACUAGCAUCAGAAAGGAAAUCACUUUGUAACUAUCAAAAUUGUCAUUCCAAAGAAGCUUAGUGAAGAGCAAAGAAAGGCAAUGGAAGCCUAUGCAAAACUAGAAGAUUUAAUACUGCCAAAUUGA